GAUAAACCCUUGAUUUUGAAUUUGUGUUGAAAUUUGUAUAAUUUUCAGUUUGAUUGUUUGUAUUUUUAUUAUUUUUUUUAUCUCAGAUUGUUUGUAGUACAUAGAUUGUUAAUAUGAUAUCAAUUUCUAAGGUUGUUCGUUGAUAUCAAUUUCGAUUUCACAACAUCGGUUCGAUUUCAUUACAUUAGUGACUUGCUUGUUUGUUAACAUUUUCUCUUCUCGUUUGUUGAUUUUCUGCUGAAUUUGAUGGUUUAUAUUGCUAUUUUUGCCUAUAAUUGCUGGUUAUAAUGUGUUUCCUCCCAAAUUUUUUCCCAUGAUUUUGGUUUAUUUGCUUAUAAGAGAAACAUGACUAGAUUACUUACCCAUAUUCUGAAUCGAAAUACUCUGCUACUGCCUGAUUACUUACCCAGAUUAUUUAACCAGUUAGCUUUAGCUUAUGAAUUAUUGACUACUAAUUUCGCUCAUACGAUUAGGAUUGUGAGGGUUUAUGUUAUUCCCUGUCAACUUGUCAAAUGAUGUACUAUUGAUGGAAAUCGAAAGCAUGAAAUAUGGCAUAAAAAAAAUCCUGCUAUGUAUUGAAAUAUUUUAAAUUUAUCCACAUGUGGAGCAUUCUUUGUUGAUUGCUGUUGUUUUGCUAUUUAUCGGGUUCAAUUGCGAUUUAUUUUCUGUUUCUUGUAUUUUAAUGGUUUUUGAUGGGUAAUAUAUUGAUACUAUUGUACAUUUUUUGGACUGAUUUUUCAAGGUUUCUACAAUGCCUCGACUUAUGCGUUCCAUAAGGAAGAAAAAGCUUAAACAAAUACAACUAGUUAUUUCAAUGACUCAUAAGAAAGCUAAAGGGUUGUUUGGAGUCCCAUUCAUUCACUAUGAAACUCUUCAGAGAUAUACGCAAAAGACAAAGCUACCGGAGAUUUAAGUAAGUCAUUCGUUGAUGCCAUAGAAGGUAUUGAUCAAGAGAUUGAUAAGCAACCAUUGAUUGUCGAGAGUGAUGAAGAAGAUGAUGUGAAUUCUACUAAUUCGGACACUUGAGCAAUACAAGUUAUGUGUUGGGAUUAUUCAUAUGAUGAUGGACAUAUUAUUAGUCAAUGUUUGGAUAAUUAAUGAGUGCCAACUUUGCUUUAUAUAUAUAUUGUUUUUUUUUAUCGUAAAAUAUGUAGCAUAGACAAUAUUUUUUAUCUAGGUUAUUUUUUUAUUUUUUUUUUACCCGUAAAAUAUGAGCAUAGACAAUAUUGUAUUAUUCAUUCUUAUUUUUCGUUUCCGUUUGUUAUACCAAACAAGAGGAAACGGAAUGGUGAUAAUUGUUUCCGUUUCCUUUGAUGUACCAAACAACUAGUAAGGGUAACACUAAUUGUUACCCUUUCCCCUCCUAAUUUGUUUCCAUUCCGUUUCCUAUACUAACUCCAUACCAAGUUCCUACUUGAUUCAUCAUAAUGAGUCAAGGGCCACAUAAGUCAUCCACUACACUAUCCGACUUUGCAGCUCAUUUGUCGAUUGUUUCAAGACUAAAGCAUGAGCAUUUUACGGAGCUUAUGGGUUAUUGUUUGGAACAAUUUAACAGAAUAUUGAUCUAUCAGUACGCAACAAUGGGCUCUUUACAUUAUGUAUUACAUGGAAGGAAAGGAGUACAAGGUGCAGCACCAGGGCCUACUCUAACAUGGGCACAAAGAGUAAAAAUUGCCUUUGGAGCUGCAAAAGGUCUAGAGUACCUGCAUGAGAAGGUGCAGCCUUCUAUUGUUCACAGAGAUGUUAGAUGUAGCAAUGUCCUGUUGUUCGAUGAUUUCUUGUCAAAUAUAGUUGACCUCAACCUAACAAGUGCUUCUUCAAAAAUAGCAGCUCGUUUGCACUCAACUAGAGUCCUGGGAACAUUUGGUUACCAUGCCCUUGAGUAUGCCCCCCUUUCCCUUUCCAUCAUGAAAAAUCUAGUAUAUAUCAUGGCUUAUUCCUAUCAUUUUACUCAUCUCUUAAUUGGUAGUAGAAUAGUGCUUAAUUUUUGGCGCAAUAAAGAUCACUAGGACUGGACUCCUUUCCAGGGAACUAGGAUAAGCUAUGUCAAAGAUGAUUGAGAAACCAGGAUUGUGUUUAAUAUUAGACAGAACUCCUUAUGAUGAUAACUAUUGUAUAAUUAAUUGGAUCAAUAUUGACAGACAAAACCUUUAAUGACA